CCGAAAAAGUCGGAGGUGUCUAAACUUGACCGGAGAGAAACUCGGAAGCCAAAAGCGAAAUCUGCGUCCGGAAAAUCUGGGCUUUCUUCAGGGAGAAUGAAAGCGGAUGGGAAGCCGAGUUGGGGGUUGGUUUCACCGUCCGGUGUGGCCUAUCAUUUCGGUACAAGUGGACUCUCCGUUGCUGUGGCUACUACAGUCACUCACCCUUUAGAUGUGCUCAAAGUUAGGCUGCAAAUGCAGCUUGUCGGGCAGAAAGGUCCUCUUACUGGAAUGGGACCAUUGUUUGUUCAAGUUUUUAAGAAUGAAGGACCGAGAUUUUUGUAUCUGGGACUGACACCUGCAUUGACAAGGUCUGUGCUGUAUGGAGGUCUCCGUUUAGGAUUGUAUGAACCUUCAAAGUAUGCCUGCUAUUGGGCUUUUGGGUCCAACAAUGUUUUUGUUAAGAUUGGAUCCGCAGGAUUUGCUGGUGCAAUCGCUACUGCAUUGACGAAUCCUGUUGAGGUUUUGAAGGUGCGACUACAGAUGAAUCCAAACUUGAGAAAAGGUGCAGCUGGGGAACUGCGUGCAAUCAUUUCUGAAGAGGGAGUGAAAGCUCUUUGGAAGGGGGUUGGCCCUGCUAUGGCUAGAGCUGCUACAUUGACUGCAACACAACUUGCAACCUAUGAUGAAACCAAGCGGAUGUUGGUUAGGCGGACGCCACUUGAAGAAGGAUUCCAUCUACAUCUCACUUCGAGCACAGUAGCAGGCUUGGUGAGUACCCUCCUGACAGCACCUGUAGACAUGAUAAAAACCCGUCUCAUGCUUCAACAGGAAUCGAAAGGAGUUGGAAGCUAUAGGAAUGGAUUUCAGUGUGCAUAUCAGGUCUUGCGUACAGAAGGCCCUAGAGGUCUUUACAAGGGGAGCCUUGCAAUGUUUGCGAGAUUGGGUCCACAAACGACAAUUACCUUUGUAGUCUGUGAGCAGCUGCGUGAGCUUGUUGGAUUGAAAGCAAUCUAAUCAAGCCACGGGAUUUAGUCUGCAAUUGCAUAUCCACUGCUAUAUAUAAAGAAAAUUCUCUCCUCUCCCCAUUUUCGGUUGGUUUGUUUUACUAGAAGCUUUGUUCAACUUUUUAGCUGAUUUUUGAAGUACAGUUAUGAAGGAAAUCUGUUUGAGAAUGGUAUCCCUGCAUAUCAUUAUACCCCUCAAUUGGCGAGGGUCCAAUUAUUUGAUCCGUAUAACUUUAUAUUGUGUAUCAUCAUCAUGCAUCCAACAAUUUUAAAUCGGCUGGAUGUAUCCUAUUGAACAGAACAGUAUCUUCGAGAACUGCAACACUUGUAUCUUCAUUUUAUGUUGCAAUAAUAAUAAAGCAGAUGCAUUUUGUCAUGA